AACAAACGAAGAUCAUCUGGAUAUAUCUAACAGAUUUUUUUUAAAUGGCUUGUGCACCAAUAAUUAUCGAUAAGAGGCCUCUUAAAAAACCUAAGAUUGGGCCACCUGAUAUUUAUCCACAAGAGUUAAAACAACGAGAGGAUGAUUUAUCAGCAGUUAAUGUAAAACAAGGCUUUUUUGAUAAUCCACCAUUUAUUGAAGAAUAUGGAAGUGGUAAAUCUGUCAAAAUAUCUCAUGAAACAAUCUUAAAUUCUUUCAAUAAUAUUAAUAAAAGGAAAAAGGAAAUAAAUACUAGUAUAGAUAAUAACAAAAAAAAACUCUUAUUUAACAUUAAAGAUAUUUUUUGGCCGGCCACAGCAAGAUCUAAAAUAUCAGUUGAUGCAUGGUUUAAAGAUCUUACAGCAAACAAACCCCUAAAUAUAUUAGCUAAAAAAGUGCCAAUCUUCAACAAAAAAGAGGAAUUGUUUAUGCAACUUUAUGAAUCAAAUGUUCCUGUUCAAAGAGCUUGCUGGAUUAUAAAAUUACAUGCUGUUCAUAUAGCUGCAAUUGCUGAAAACAAAAUGAAGAAGCGACAAGUAUUGGACCCUUAUAUAGAUUGGACGCAAGUUUUGUGCAAGGUAUUGAAAGAACUUGCUAGUCGACUUUUAUCCCUCCAUAAAAAAGCCUUAGCCGAGGAGAAAGCUAUUAGCUCUCUUGAUAACUCUUCUACCGAGCUAUCGUCCGGCGUCAAGCUAGAGCAUUCUUCGGCCAACUCCCACAUAAUACCUAUCCCUAUCACCACUAAUAUUAAUACCAGCAACAUGCUGCUCAAUUACAAUGGUAAUCCUUCCCUUCCAAAUAACAACGAGUUUUACUCCAACACUAAGGAGUCGUCUAGCUUGAACAAUAAUGAGGUGUUCGCCAAAUUUUCUAGUCUCGACUCAAAUCCCAUCCACAACAGUAGUUCUUCUAGCAGUAUGACUAAUUUAGCGACUGUCAUUCAUGGUAAUGAGUCUCAAGUACCUCUAUAUCUCUCGUCCGAUUUAACAGUUACCCUUAACAUUUGGAAUUAUUUAGACUCCCUCGUGUGGUAUUUAUUUACGGAGGGUCUUUUAGAUAAUCAAGAACUUUUGACCUUUAUUUGUGAUUUGUUGGAGAAAUCGGUAGAAAAAUAUGACGGGGAGCUUCGCGACGAGGCUCUGGAUUUUCUUUUGCCGUUCAUUCUUAAAUAUAUGAACACCUUUUGCCAAUCAUAUUUCCACUGUCGGCGCCUUGUCUACUUUUGCGUUACGGUUUUAUGCGAAUACAUUAAUGUCUCCGAUACCAUUUCAGAUAAUUCUGCCGAUGAUGAAUUUAGCUUUCGUUUUCACGAUUGCCUUCACCACCGCAAUGCCAUCCUAAAUCUGAGCAAUAUAAUACGGACGGCUACUUUACGCUGCCCUUCCAGCUUGGUAUGGAACGGGGUUUGGGACUGGACAAGCUCGCUGACCGGUACCGACCUUUCCCUAACAAAUCCGAUCUAUUUAAAAGGGUCACCGCUUGAUAAAUUGCCUAUCGAACCAUCCAAAUUGCCGACCCCUAACUACGCUGGAAAUUAUGACUCAAUGAAAAACGCUUUAUUAGAUAAAGAACGAUUAAUAAAAAAACGCAGCACGAUGGCCGAAAAUUUAUGGGCUUUGGGCAAAAAUAAACCAUCAUGCAUAGGUAAAGUCAUCAACGUUAUAAUAGACGUGCUUCAUGCAUUGGACCAUCACGAUUAUAAUAAAUGUGAAAAGGAUAAUUGUUUGAAAUCGCUAUACGAUAAAAUCUUUUCUCCCUUCCCUCAUUCAUAUAGCCAUUCUUCGCAGGACUUAAUCAGAUUGGUUCAUAAACAAGAAGAACCAGUCAUCUUUAUUAUGUGUCAAUGGGCAAUAACUUUACACCGGAGUGGGGCCCAUAGGUCUUUGGUCAUUGCCAACCUUUUUGCUAUGAGACUUAAUCAUUUGGAUGCUUUGUUAGAUGAUAACAGCGAUAUGUCGGAAUCUGGCUUUAACGAAGAAGAAGAAGGAGGCCUAGCCUGUAACCCGAAACCCUUGGCUGCUCCUAUACUCCAAAAAAUACUUAUUAAAUUUUUGGACUUAUACGCCCCUAUUUUAUCUGAAAACAAUCCUUCUAUGGUAAUGUUUUCGAAUUUGGUAAUAUUUUUUGGGGAAUUAAUCCGCUUGAAUAUAUUUGAUUAUGAUGGCUACAUUAAAAUUCUCAUUUGCCGAGGCGAUUUGGAUACAUCAGAUUUGCGUUACCCCGCUUGGGCUAAAUACAUGAGCUCUAAAACUUUAAAAAAGGUAUUAUCUACAAUUCCAAAUAAGCCAACUAAGGAAAACCAAAUUAGCUUUGAUAAAACCAAUAAUAUGCAUAUUACUGACUCCCCUAACGUGUUCAUCCAUCCAUUCGCUUUGGCUGGUUUUUGUUCCUCUUCUCUCUCUCUUACUUCCCCUUUUACUCCCUCUCCCGCUUCUCCCAAUCAUCCCAGUCUCUCAAGGAAUCCGAAUUGUAACCUUCAUACUACUACCGAAGAAAAUUUCUCUCAAAAUAACAAUAAUAUUCGCGCUUUUUCUAAACAUUAUCAAUACCUUUACCACUUUCCCGUUUUCGCUUCACGCGACGUAACCACUCGCCGUAAGACUCUGUUUGGUAUAGGACACAUGGCGACUCGCGUUAAACGAGAUAUCGACACGCUAUCAUCUGCUAUAAUUCCGAUCCGCGUUCCUCUAUUUCAAAAUACGACAAAACACAACUCUACUCAAAACCCUUUAGAUGUUUUACGAGUUUUCUCUUGUUUUCCUAUUGCUGACAAAUGGCGCGCCACGACCCGGGCCUUAAAAUUUUUUGUUGCCACCCUUCGUAAAUUUGCCGAUGCGCGUUCAGAUUUAUUACCAUGCCUACGCUCCACAGCGCGUUUAUUCGAAUUAGCACAUGCUUGUGGGAACCAUGCUGCUAUCACCAAUGCCGCAUCAGACGCUCUUCUAGAACUCGCUCAUGUUCACAGGCAUGUGAUAGACGCAAUUAAAGCCGUCCGAACACCAAUAGGUCAACAGCAGAGUCACGUCAAUGAUGCCGCCAUAAUGGCGGACUGGGGCUUUUAUCCAGUUAAACUAUGUGCCCAGCUGACUGGGACAUUGAGGUUUCACUUUUCGAGAUUCGUAACCUUAGCCCAACCACUGCCAAACAUUGUUACAUUCCCAAAUGGUAGUGAGAAUAACGAUGUUAUACGCGUUUUUCGUAGUGUAUUGGCCUUUUGUCGCGAGAUAGGUGAGGUGCCACAGGGCUCUUGCUCAUUUAUGCGUUCUAUUUAUAGCUUCGUGUACGAUUUGUGGAGUUCUUGCUACGUGUUGCGGGAAGCCUCGCCUAGUUGGAACAAAGUUGUAUUGGAGGUGGCCGUGCCCUUGAUGGCCGAAAUUAAACGCACAAUGUAUGGAAUAGUCGCCCCCGCGCCAUCUCCGCCCACCCUACACCAUCCAUGGUGGGACCCUUUUUACCUGAUAAGUCAUAUCCAGUACUGGAGCUUGGCCAGCUCAGCAGCACCCCAUAAUUUCAAGUUGGACAGAGCUAGUUUUCAUGACUCGUACCGUGUGGUAGCCUCACUUGAAGACAAGGACGAAUCUUAUGCUAGUGCCUUGGGGCAACUCGACGGCCACCCAUCUAAAAGGUACAGCUUCGUUUGCAACUCGCUCCUUACGAUGAUGGGCCGGCUCGUUUCUGACCCUCCCCAUUUACAACACGAGACGAUGGACAUUGCUAAAUGUGGUUCUAUGCAUUACGAGACACUAGCUGAUCUACGAGUUCUGAUCAGGUUUUGCGCCGAGGUCACUUGCCAAUAUCAGAACCCCAAAAACUUGGCAGCAGCUGGGGCAGAUUCCCUCGGUUUCUCUACUGCCAAGCGUACUAAUAAGAAAAACAAUUCCCUCAAACAUCAAAUUUCUACUUCUCUGGACUCAUCUACCUUCCCGCUUCCUCCCUCUUCCAUCGGUAACCCGCCUCUUUUCAACGGUGAAUGGCUCGGAGCUUUCAAGGCCCUUUGUUGUCCCACCCACCAUAUGCACCAUCAACAUGCUCAACUACAACACCCUCAUUUCCAAUCUUCACCUCUUAACGCCUCUACUCUAGCGGGAGGAACUAGCAGUGUGGGCUACAACAAUUUUGUAGUAGUAGCCCGUAACUUGACCAAAGCCUUCUCUGAAUCGGGUCGUCUUGAUAAACUGAUGCUUUUCUACGACGCUCUGGCCACCCUUUGUCUAACCCUCGUUCUUCGGCAUAUUUUCUCGCUCGAAGACUUCAUUAAGCAUGUUGCCCUGCCUUCGCUGCUAGCUGCCGCAUGCCCUCCUCCACCCGCCGCUUCUAAUCAACGUUCCGAUACUAUACCCGCAAAUUCUGUUCUUAGUCCAGAAUUGGACUCUCUGGAUGAGAAUGGUGAGCACUCUAACCCAAUUACUUUUAACCGUCCCCUGAAGGACAUUCCUGCCGAGUCAGGGGCUCGUUUAACUUGCUAUCUACUAUACCGUCUUUUUAAAUCUUUUCCCGCUUCUCGUUUUACUGAUCAUACCGAUCCCCGAGAUGCCUCUGCCUUGGUCUCCGAUUCCAAAUUGGUCCGUAUAUUCCAACAAUCGUAUUGUAAUAAUACACCAGAAAAUCGAAUCAAAGUCCAAAAUACUACCCAAAAUGAUGAUUUUGGUAUAUCGAUUAAUGUUCCAAAUAAUGUUUUCGACGAACCCACUCAAGCCACAAAUAAUUACUUGGCUCACUCCAACAAUAGUGACUCGAUCAUAAUGCAUAACAGUCAUGAAAAAAUUUCGGACAACAUCAAUUCCGCUAGCAACUCGCCUGUCGAAGUUUCUAAUAUAAAAGUAAUGAAUAUUCCUUACGAUAUAAUCACGCUUUUAACUCGAGACAUAACUACAACCCAGGAACCUACUUCUAACACAAUUUUAGAAAAACACGAAGAUGAACUUAGGUCAUUCGCCGAUAUUUUUGACGAAAUGUACGAGCGGCAGAACCUGAUCUCUUACCAGCAUGGCAUAUCUAUAGGAGCUCUUCUCGCCGUUUUCAAAGCGCUAAUAUUAACUUCUUCGAUCUCCGUAACUGACUCAGUAUCAAAUAGCGAAAGACGUAAAAGGGUAUCAAAGUUCAAAUCUAGAUUCGGUAAAACACCUGAUCCUGAUUCGGUGUAUAAUACUUAUUGGGAUUUCGAAAAAGUUGGAGAAAUCUUAAGUUUGAGAUUUAAUCAAUUUUCUCAAGAAGUUUUACUUAUUUUGACCGAUCAAGAAUGGGUGAAAGAGCUUUUUUUAAAGGAUCCAGAUGGAAUAUGUUCGGAUCAAUUGUUAUUGGACCCUUUAUUGUCUCAUAAGCAAGCCUUCAAACUUCUUCACCUCAUCUGUUAUCCCGAUGGCGGCCCAUCUUCUUCCCUGCCCUAUCCUCCAUACCAAAACGCCCGGGACCGUUCUGACCCCGUUGCAUUUCGUCAAGUAUCCCGCGUGCUCGCAAAUUUAGACCAUUGGAGUUUACGGGCCUCUUACCUCGAGUUAAGGCUAGCUAUAAAACAGCGCGGAGCCCGCGAGAGUGACGCUGCUCCUCUUUACGAAGCGCUGGCCCGCUCGGCAGUCCAAUUAUUUCAGAGACGUUCACAAUUUAACCCCGCCGAUAAUUUGCCCAUACGAUACGGCGCUGCAACCUUUAUACGGAAUUUGUUUCGGGCCGAAGUAGAUGAAUAUCUCCAUCACGAUCCCCAUCGCCAAAGCUCCUACCAUGAAAUCGAUCAUCAAAAUGAUAAUUAUCAGCUAGAGAUGAUCAACAAGGUUCCUAUUGGAAAGCAGGGAAGACCUUUAAAAGAGAAAGGAGUCAUAUCAGCGUGCAGGAGUAAAGGUGGAAGAGGAGGAGGGGGAGGAGCAAACGCGGGACAGAAAAGGAGAAAGAGAGGAAGGCCACCCCUUAGCGCAACUUCAGGAGCCCCGAAUCACAAAUUAAAUGUUCCUGCCAGCAAAAAUUCGUGGGGCUCGAAAAGCAAUAAGCGAUCUCCCAAACAGCCUCCCUUACCAUCUUCAGGCACCUUUUGCAAUUCCCCUUACAAUAUCGAUGUACUUAACAAUGCCUAUCAAGACGAUGAUGUUUUGGACUCGGCAGUUUCAUUGUCUUCACCAGACUCUUACUCUAACCUUCACAACACGACUAGUAAUAACAACAUUGAAUACGACGAUUAUGAAGAUUGCCUAGGUUCAACUGAGCCUCUCAUCUCUCUGGGGGUUGGCCCCAUUUCUCUCUUAUCCACAGGUCCCAUCACUCCACGACAGGCGAGCCCACGAUCUCCCCUUUCGGUUUCGCCCGACAAGGGAGUUGGGAGUAGUGGCCCAAUUGAAAGUGCAGCAGGAAUAAGCCAUGCUGAGAUUAGAAGAAAUAAACAAGGAUUUUAUCGUGGCGUAUUAGGAGGAAAACGUAAGCGAGAAGGCAUAUGGCUUGUAGCCCCUUUAAUAUCUAAACUUCCUGCUGGAGUUCAAGGUCGCGUGCUUAAAUAUGCUGGUCAGGUACUCGAAAGUGGAGCUCAUUGGGCCACUUCUUCUCUCAAUAAAUUAGAGCGAGAAAAAAAUGCACAGCGAAGCGCUUCUCUUCUCAACCAUGGGCCCUUCUUGUUACUCGUCAGAACUUGUUUAGCUAGGUCUAAGGCUCUUUUCUUACCAUCUUUCGAUUCCUUUACUACUUGUGGUAAUGCCCUCUCCGGUUCUAAUUCUACACUAGGGCCGGAUGCAUCAUAUCAUAAUCCCUUCAACUCCGACAUCGCCACAUCCAACUUCGCCCCUUUAUCUUUACACGAUUCCCCGACUUCCGAUCAGCGUCAUUAUUUGCUCAGCUCUAUUCAUACCCAACUCACUACUCUUCUUCGAACGUGCCACGACGAUCGUCACGUCUUACUUUUACCCGAAAACUCUUCCACCCGCAACGAACUUAGGCGGGCCUUCGAGCUACGCCUUUCUAUUGUAGCCGAGAUGAUCGACCUUGUCAUCAAUGCCUCCAAUUCCUUUUUUUCUUCAUGUUACAACUCAGCCUCUGUCACGUCGGGAAAUGCACUAAAUUCAUUGUUAGGAAAUAACGCUCCCCAUUUAGAUUCCUCACUAGGGAGUAGUAUAGCCUCUAUGUACCCACUCACGACCUCAGGGGGGUCGGGCGGGGGACACAAUCAAUUAGUGUUGGAUUGGUGUUUCUUGCUAGUUCAGAUCCUGGCCAGCGACAUACUCAUUAACGCCCCCGCAGGCCCGCUACCUGAUUCCGACCUUGAAACCAAUACUAAUAUGCCCUACCUAUCGAAUUCAUAUAAUUCGGACUCUGACUCUGCCGAAGACCUACGUCGAAGUUUACUAGACACCUUCAACGCCAACGAGAAUUGUGCACCACUUUAUUACACCAUUUUCGAUAUUUUGACAACCUUGGUUACCAGUUGUCUGCUCCUCUCCCCUCCGCCUUCAAAUAACGUCACGAACCAUGUUUCCUCUCAUUCUCCCCUUUUUAGUCACGAAAAUGGGAAUUUUGAUGAAGGUGGUCCAAAUUCUCUAGCGGGCAGCAUGACACAAUAUCACUGCAACACCCUGCAAGGAUUCGCUGGGGCAUCGUCGACUAAAGCCUCCGGUUUUGGGGCCACCAUUAAAGAUGGGCCCGAAAGAUUAUUAUUUGUUCAACUCGAUGAAGGCCAGAAAAAAUGCUAUUAUACGUUGUGCAAAAAAUUGAAGAAAGAAUUAGCUGAAAAAAUUGAAUUGGAAAAAUUGGAAAUGUUAAAAAUAUUGUUCCCAUUCCCACGAAACAGUGAAAAAAUUGUUAUGUUUGAUCAACUACAGGAUAAAACCUCGCACUCUCAGUCAUCUCACGCUAAAAACCAGGUAAUCGGUCUCAAGGCCACCGAGAUCGUGACUCUCAACCCAUGGGAACUGAUCGAGGGUCUCCCCAAAUCGAUGGGCGGUGCAAGCGGUCCUCUCAGUUUAUCAUGGUUCAACGCUCGCAAAACUGCUUCUUUCAAACCGCUGAGUUACGUAUCACAAUACGAAUCUCUUUUGCUUCACACUCACCAUUUAGUUGGCGCGGCUGAAUUUUCUCACCACCAGGCUUUCUCUUUGCAAACCCUUCCCGAUGCCUCUCCACCUCAAUCGCCCACUCUUCUCGCUAGUGGGGACACACCGGCAGGUGGGCACCUUAUUCUUCCUUCCGUUUCUCUUCGAAUAAAAGAAGAACCGAUAAGUGAUAAGUCAGAAUCGAUUGUCAUCGCUAGGGACAUCAAAUCAGAGUUCAGCAUUAAUGCAUACGAGGCAUGUAACAUCGAAUCCAGUGUUUAUCCGCCUAGCAAUCCCAAUGCUUUAUUAAUUGCGGAAAAUAAUCAACGUCUAAAUCCUAUUGUUACUGCUGCACCCAAAAAGCCCAAGCAACAACGUCGAAAAAGACAACCUAAAAAUGCUCUUCCUUCAUCAACUAAAGCUUCAAGUGCUAAACAAAACCAGCAGGCACAACUCCUUCAAUUACAACAACACCAAAAUCAACCCAUGAUUCAUAAUCAUCCCUUAAACAAUCCUCCAAAACAACAGAUUCAUUCAACAUUUAAGGCCGAACCUCCUUUGUUAAAAGUCGUUCACACUUCCGCUUAUACUAAUCAACAACAAAUGGGGUCAGCUGGAAAUCAACAAUAUCUAAUUAGGCAGCACAGCGCUGGUAUGAUGCAUCAUCAGCAUAAUAUGAUCCAAAAAAAACCUGGUUUUACUAACCAUAAUAUGUCGUCUUCUAUGGAUGAAAGUUACGAAAGGCAGCAACAAGCUUAUUUGAACAUCAACAACCCUAUAUCGGGAGUCAAUUCUAAUCUUACGGACUCAAAAGCCGCCCUGAGCUCUAUGCUAAGAGCCAAAAAUCCUUCACAUGGUCCUACCUCUACCUCUAAUAACCCUUCUUUCGCUUAUCAACAACCGCUUAGACAAGGAAUUGAUCCUCAAAGCAUCAGAUACCCUCCAUCUUCCAUCGGUAGUGGUCCUUCCAGAUUUACCCCUCAGACCCCUAGACCGGACAAUACCACACAAUAUCACCCUCUCCAUCAGCAACAACAAUCUAUACCUAAUAACCAUACCUUAAUGGCAAAUAAACCGCGUAACUUUGGACCGCCUCCUCAAAGAAAUAUGAAUUCCGGCGACAAUUUACAGUAUAACAGCCAUCCAGGGGCCAACCCUUAUCCUAAUUAUGAUAAUUCAAAAAUGAGGCAACAGCAUCCCUUCAACGACAAAUAUCGAUUUGAGGGCGUUUUAUCCGAUAUCGAAGGAUAUAACAUAGCCCCCACCGGUCGGCUGCGGUAUCCCCAACCGUCCUUAGAACAACAAGUUUAUUCUAACAAAACAAGCAAUUUUUCCACAGAUAAAAAUAAUAAUCAACCGUUUAUAAGACCCAGCGGAUACAAUAACGAGUUAGUAGGUCACAUUCAUCCCAACAAGGUUUCUGGCGCAGCUUUUAAUAACUCAAAUAAGCAAGGUAGUUUGGAUCAGUCCUUUGACCACUUUGAUUUUGACAAUGAAGAAAACGCUUCGAAAAUGUUUUUGUCCACAGAAAAUAUAGCCAUCGGUUUAUCUAAAAUGCACCAACAAAACGUUGGAAAUGAAGAUUAUACAAAACACAUGAUGGAAAAUACCCCCAAAAGAAAAAUAUCAAUGCAUCAAAAUUCUCAUGGUAAUAUAAAAAGACCUCCUUCGUAUUCUUCCUCUGUAACCGACUUGCAAUCAGAUAAACAGACCAUGAUAUAUCACCACAAACCAAAUAAUCCUCUAUCUCGAUUCGCAAAUUGGUCUAAUAACAACCCUAACGUAUCCAUGAUAAAUAUGAACAAUCCACCUAACAACUUAUCCAUGACUAACAUGAAUAUUCCAGCUAAUAAUCCUAAUUUAUCCAUGGCAAAUAUGAAUAAUCAAGCGAAUAAUUCUAACUUUUCUAUAUUAAAUAAUUCAGGUAACAACUCUAAUUUCUCCACGGCGAACAUAAAUAAUCUCGCUAACAACACAAGGAGACUUCCUUCACAUAUGAUGGCUGCCGGGCCUGUCCCUUCUCAACAGGCUAUUUACAAUUUUGACCCCAAUAAUCAACCCUCUCAACACCAAAUGCAACAGCAACCAAAUAAUAAUUACCCGUCGCAUCAAAUGUCUAAUAGAAAUUUAGCCUUAGGUUCUAAUAAUUUUCACCCUAAUAUGAACGAUCCAGCUUCUAUUCAAAGAAUGCGGUACCCUAACAACAGGGGAAAAAAUAUAUCAAACAAUCUUAGCCAAGGGGGAGGGUCAGGAGGAUAUUACGACGAUAACAAAAACCAGGGCGGCCAUUAUUACCAAAAUUAAAAAAAAGGAAUUUCUAUUUUAUUGAUUUUUGACUUUUUUUUACUGUCAGUUAAAAAUAGUUAUUAUAUCAAAUACACGGAUCGCUAAAUGUAAUGAUGGGAAAUUUAAAUGUAGUAAAAUCACUGAGAUAUACGCAAAAAUAUUGUUAUGGCACUUCAGGGUACUUGCUAUUCGCUAAUUUAUAUUGAAUUAU